AAAAAAAAACUACGCCACGCUCUGUCAACGUAAGCACUUACACGUUCGCCGCCAUUGCAAGCAAAACGAGUGCACAGAUGACGAACAACACACAACACUUCACAACAUGCGAUUUGGCUCGCUUGUUUGAACCAAAAUUAACCGAUAACUUUACCUGAAUGUGUUUCAACAAAAGUUCCAGCUUCAGCAGAUAAAAUGUCGGCUUUUAUUGCCCACCCUUCGGUGCGGAUCAGGGGCACAGAGCACACCUACAACCCAGUGUUGUGUCAGGACGACAACUGCUCAGGCAAGGACAAGGGCACUCAUAUGCACUGUCCUCUCUGCACUGUGGUCGAGGCCUAUCAUGACCCUCUUAUCCUACGGGCUCAUUACCGCAUUAAACAUGUUGACAAGGGCAUCGACUUUGCUGGCCUAAAAGUGCUUCGAUGCUGCAACCACUGUGAGAUCGUGGGCACCAUCAAAGGGGAGAAGAGGUUCAAGGGGGCACACUGGCACUGCUACCGCUGCCGAAACGGCUUCAACCGCCGAGACGAGGCCAUCAAACACUAUAAGACCCACUUCCGGAACCCCCACACCACCUUCCAGAUACAGGUCACACAGGAGGUGAACAGCCGACAGUAUUAUGACCAGAGUCCGGAGGCCCACCCUAAAGCCUAUGGAGGGCUGGAAGUGUGUACGGGCUCUGGGGUGGAGGGCGGAGACAUGGGGACUAUCAUGGCGCAGCCAAUCCUCAACACAGCCAACACGGAGACUCUGCUCACUGUGGAACCCAAGGUUUCAUAUAUGUCUCAUGAUUUGUGCAGCGUGAACAAUGGGAUCCUAGUGGCAGCCGAAGAGGAGGUGGGGCCUUCCCAGCAUACCCUGGACCAGACCCAGACGCUGGUUCUCAUGGACCCAGAUGGACAGGGAGGCAACCUGAUUUACGAGGAGGCGGCCAGUAUUAUCUCUGAACAGGGCGGGGAGAGUCUGGAGCAGGCCCUACAUAUAGAGAAGCAUCUUCUGGAGCUCCACCAGCAAAAUGUGACCUUGCGGCAGGAGAAGGACGCCAUGGAGAAGAGGCUAAGGGCAGAGAUCCACAGACUUAACGAACAGGUGGCCAGUGUGGUGCAGGCCAACAUCAAGAUGUUUGAGGAGCUAAAGCUAUACCGCUCUGCAGAGAACAGCCAGCAGAGAAUCGAUCAGCUGGUGAAGAGUCUGGAGAUGCAACACCGCACUCUCAUCCACACCCAGCUAGCCUCCCUGAGGACAGAGCUUCUACGGCAGGCUGAGAGAACAACGUCCGUCAACGGCCACACAGAGCUCACAGUCAGCCUGGUUGGUGAGAUAGCCACUCACCCUGGGGAGAUGGCCCUCUUUGAGGAGGAACAGACUGAAACAAGGAUAGAGAGGGAGGAAGAAGCAUUGACCAUGGUGGUGGUUCAGAUGGGCCCUGACCCAGGGGACUUGGUACCAAUAUCGGGUGAUUCAUGUUUGGUGGCUGGGAAGAAUGAGGAAUCAUCGGUCCCUGAGCUGGACAGUGUUGACUCUGGGGCAGAGCCCUUCAAGAAUGCUACAGAAUCCCUUGAAGACAAAGAGGGGGAGGAGAAAUCAUCAAGGAAGCGCAGCCCCAAAGAGGAACCCAGGGGGGAGAGUGAAGCCAAACUGCAACGCAUCUGUUGAGAUAAUAGAUCAUGGAGACAGUGGCCUCUUACUCUCAUCUGUUUUUCCCUUUCUCUCUCUCCAGUCUUUUCCUGGCAGUACUUGUGAGUUUCUUUAAAGGGGGUAACUUUCCCACAAGGGGUUCUAAUAGGCUGCUGCAGACUGAGCCAGGCAGAGUACAGCAGUGGGAAAACCUCAACUGAGAAACCAGUCCCUAAUAUGGCUGUGAAAGUCAAUGCAUCCUCCACUCCCUGCAGUGUGUAAGCUGUAUAUAAUGCUACUCCACUAAACCUACUGACUUACUGUU